ACCUGAAGGUAACAUAAUUUCUGCUACAAACAGGCUUCCGUCGGUACUUUAACUUCAUUAUUGACAUUAUUUUCCCACACGUAAACAUGCUUAGAGAGUGCAGACAACUGGCAUGAUCAAAUUUAGAAAAUCUCUCUUUUAAUAUUAAUUGCAAAUUAUUUAACGAAAAUAUAGUUUUUUUUUUAUCUAGCAAACUGUAUCCGUUAGCAGUGGUUAACCUACUUCAGCUAACGCUAACAAGCUGUAGUUGAAGAAACAUACUUUAUUUGAAGAUGGACAAGUUUGUCGUUCGGCUUCCCAAGGGAGAAACACCCAAACAACCGAAGAGCGACGAGAGAGUUUACAAACAAGCUACAAUUGAGUCUCUACGGAGGGUAGUUGUGAUUGAGGACAUCCUACGUUACAAGUCGACGCUAGAACUGCCAGAUCAGAGCAAGGAGAACUUGAUGAACACCCUGACUGAGCUGAGCAAGAAGAUCCCAUCCGAGGAAGUGCUCAGAUCCACUAAAAUAGGUCACACUGUCAACAAAGUACGGAAGCAUCCAGACCCUGAGGUGAGUUCUCUGGCAGCAAAAGUUUACACUGACUGGAGGACUUUCAUUGAGGAGAAUUCAAAUAAGCCGUCUAUUGAAGUACGCUCCGACAAACAGUCUGAAGGGCUCAGGAGCAACGCUAGGAGACUGCUGUCUGAAGCACUGGAGGUCAAGGAGGACUCUAAUCUGAUAGACAACAUAGAGAGAGAAGUUUUUCACCAGAGCUCCCGGUUAGUCAGCAGCUCAUACAGACGGACAAUCAGGGCGCUGGUGUUCGGCUUCAAACACAACCCUGACCUCAGGAGUGAAGUAAAGGACGGCAAAAUAUCAGUCAGCCAGCUGGUUUCUAAAUACAAAAAAUAAGUGAAUACAAGUUGGACUGUGACGCGGAUCUCUUAUGGAAGAAAUUUUAAUACCUGUGAAUUGUUUUAAAUUUAUUUUUAGUCUUUAAUCGUGUUCUCUGUUGGCUGAGAAAAUACAAAAUAUUUUUGUAUUUUGAGGCACAUCAGUAAAUGUACGCUGUUUUAUGAGUGAAUGCUCAAAUUUUUUAAAUAUUUAAAGCAUACCUCCACUUACACGAUACUGUACCAUAUGUCAUUGAUUUUGUUUUAAAACUGAAUGAAAAAAAUGUCAAUUAAAUACAAAAUUCAAUGAUGAAAUUUGGGUUGUAAAUAUACAUGUUUCAUAAUUUUGAGUAUUUUGGGGUUUUUUUUAGUGUUGUCUUAGAGGUUUUUGCAGUAAAGGUUUAUUCACCAAUUAUUUAGCACAGGGGUGCCCAAAUGUAGUCCUUGACGACUAUCCUACAACUUUUAUAUACAUCCCUUCUCAAACACACCUGAAUUAAAUGAAUGGCUCAUUAAGGGGCAUAUGCAGAGCAGAAUAACCGAAUACGAGGUAUUUCAGUCAUUUGAGUCAGGUGUGAGAAAGAAUGCAUCUUAAAGUUGCAGGAUAGUAGCUCUUGACUUGGUCACCACUGGUGUAGCACAUUAACAACGCUGCAACCCUACUUCUGGAAGAUAAAUUGUGUCUAACAAUAGUGACCCUUUAUACGAGUUCAAUAAGUUUCCCAAAGAUACUUUAUCAUGACAAGUGGAGAAGAACAGAUCAAACUUCUUGGUGGAUUCACCUCUUGCCAGUUUAACUUUGUCUGAAAAUUAAAAAUCUUGAAAAUAACAAAAAACACAAAAACACUGUGGCUCAAACACCCCCACACACACCCACGCCCACACACACACACACACACACCCCGGCUAAAAUAAAGUGUAAAAAUAGGACUGUAAUAAAUAAUUACAGAAUAUAUCAUUUUCUAACAUGAUAUAUUUUGUGCCAUUCAGUUGGAAAAACAAAUUUAUCAGAGGGGAAAACACACACAGUAAAAAAGCUGGUUGCAUAAAUGCCCUUUAACCAGUAUUUUUUGCUUUUUGAUUUAGUUUCAGCAUUUAAUCUUGAGUUCAGUUGGUUUGCAAGACCUUAGUAUGAAAGUUUACAAUCUCCUCAAACCUUGUGGAAAAAUGUGCCAAGCUAAACAAAGUGUGAACCUGAACUUUUGGAAAGGCCUGACUGGGCAAGAUCUCUGUGAUUCACUGUACCAGAAUAAUUAAAAAGUAGUUAGUAAAAUGUC